UGCUGCAGAGGCGCCUUGGACGCCGGGCAGCGUGUGUACUCUCGGGGGCGUGGCGGCGGGAAGAGCCGGGCGGCAGGCGCUGGCGAUCUCCGGGUGGCCGCGCCUCCCCUGGAGCCGGACUCUGCGGGCACGUGAGUGGGAGCGGAGCGGCGGGGAGAAGCCGACCCGGCCGGCGAGGUCCGGCUCGCGGCUGAAGGACCUCUUCGUCUCCACAGGCCCUGGAAGUUCAAGCCUCGCCCUCUUCCCGCGCGGGCUCUACCCCGCCCCUCACCUCCUGUACUCGACCCCUCUGGGGUUUCUCUCUUACCCAGGAGGCCAUGGAUACCUCGACGCCUUUGCCUCCCGUAGCCCCUUCCCCGGCCUGCAACCCAGCCCCACGGACGAUCCAGAUCGAGUUCCCUCAGCAUAGCUCGUUACUCCUGGAGGCCCUGAACCGCCACAGGCUGGAGGGAAAGUUCUGUGACGUGUCCCUCCUGGUGCAGGGCCGCGAACUUAGGGCCCACAAAGCGGUAUUGGCUGCCGCCUCUCCUUACUUCCACGACAAACUUCUUCUGGGGGAUGCACCACGUCUCACCCUGCCCAGCGUCAUCGAAGCCGACGCCUUCGAGGGGCUGCUCCAGCUCAUUUAUUCCGGGCACCUCCGUCUGCCACUGGAUGCUCUCCCUGCCCACCUCCUUGUGGCCAGUGGUCUCCAGAUGUGGCAAGUGGUAGAUCAGUGCUCAGAGAUCCUUAGAGAACUAGAAAACUCAGGUGGUGGGAUUUCAACUCGGGGAGCGACCCCUUUCCACACACUUCUUUCCACCACAUCCUCCCCAGGAGGCUGGUGCAUCCGCUCUUCCCCUUUCCAGACUGUGGCGCAGUUCUCCGCUUCUACCCAGAGCCCCGUUGGAGGGGAGGGGAGUGAAUUGGGAGAUAUGUUACAGCUUCAAGUUGAAGAAGAGGAGGAGGAGGAGGAGGAGGAGGAGGAGGAAGAAGAUGAGGAGGACCAAGGGUCAACAGCACCCUCUCAGACUCCUCAGCCUCAGAGAGGGUCAGGGGGUUUUCCCCGCCCUCCAUCCCAGGCCCUGCCCACAUCCACUACUCCUUGCAGGCUUCCAGAGGGUGAGAGUGCUCCACCUGAGCCUCCUGCUCCUCAUACUGUACCGCCUCCCAAAACCUUCUACAUUAAGCAGGAACCCUUUGAGCCCAAGGAGGAGAUAUCAGGAGGCGGAACUCAGUCUGGAGGAACAAAGGAGGAAACCAAAGUGUUUCCAGGAGGGGACACUGAAGAGAAUGGAGAGCUAGGGUUCUUAUUGCCCUCAGGAGCAGGGCCAACAUCUGGAGGAGGUGGUCCAUCCUGGAAACCAGUGGAUCUUCAUGGGAAUGAAAUCUUGUCAGGGGGUGGGGGACCUGGGGGAGCAGGGCAAGCUGUGCAUGGGCCUGUGAAGCUAGGCGGGGCACCUCCUGCAGAUGGAAAACGCUUUGGUUGUUUGUGUGGGAAGCGGUUUGCAGUGAAGCCAAAGCGUGACCGGCACAUCAUGCUGACCUUCAGCCUUCGGCCCUUUGGCUGUGGCAUCUGCAACAAGCGCUUCAAGCUGAAGCACCAUCUAACAGAGCAUAUGAAGACCCACGCUGGAGCCCUGCAUGCCUGUCCUCACUGUGGCCGCCGGUUCCGAGUCCAUGCCUGUUUCCUUCGCCACCGGGAUGUGUGCAAGGGCCAGGGCUGGGCCACUGCUCACUGGACUUACAAGUGACUACUGAGGCCAUACACUAACUUACAGGACAGGGGAGCCACUGCUGCUGUUGGAUACUUACCCCUCACUACCAUGGCACCCCAAUCCUGUAUCUUGUUAAUUAUGCCAAGAGGAUAGCUAUAUUAUGGACCUCUUGUUUUUGGGUGUGGGCUUCAACCUGACCGAUUUGGAAACUCUGAUUUCUCAUCUCACUUCAGGUUUUAGCUAACUACCCUACAGGAAAGUGGUUUACAGGCCAUACGUAAAUCGAUCAGUUGCGCAUAAUAGAUAUUCUUUUCAUACAGGAAACUGGAAUUCAGAUUAGAAGUUUAUUUGAUGAGAGAGGAGUUAGCAAGAAAAAUUAUGAUAAAUAUUUCAUUCAGUCUCUGUGAGUAGUUAAGGGAGCUGGUCUCCAUCUAGAGAUAUGUUUGAUUCAGAGUUCUAGUAAUCCGGAGACUAAACUCUGAGCUUUACUCUCCCUCAUCAUUGCUGAAAUUAUGUGAGUAGAGGUCUUCUUAUAUACUUUUGUUAAAAUUUUCCAGAAACCCUUCAGAUUAUAAAUUGCUUUCUCACUAGUAGGUAAUUUUGCAACACCUUUUUUUUUUUGUAUGUUGUAGUUGAGCACUUUAACAGAUUGAGCAUUCCAUGUGUCACUUAGACCCCUCUUUAAUAGAGGAUCUUAGUUCCCGGACCAGGGGUCUAACCUAUGCCCCUUGCAGUGGAAGUGCGGAGUCUUAACCACUGGACUGCCCGGGAAGUCCCUCUUGUCUACCUUUGACCACCACUGAUCAUCCAUAUUGAUCACACUGACUGGAAUGUGACCAGUGAAUUCAGGAGAUGGCCACUGACCUAAGAUACUCUCAGGGUAGCACCACCGCUCUGAAGAAGUGGCUGUGGUCAGAGCGACUCAGGGCUGAGACGGCACAUGCUGAAAACUAGAGAAAUAACUGCACAGUGGGACCACACCCCCUCCCUUUCCAUCCCUACCCACACUUGACAGCCCCUUGGUCGACACAUAGAAGGAUAGAUGUUGGAAUGGGGAAAUUGUCAUAAGUUUCUUAAUUUCUUCAAAUAAACUUUGCCGUGAAAGCUAAGCUGACAGUGGACUGAAUUGAGUCAUUUAUAUGGGAGAGACGAUGUGAGAACAGAGUUGCAAAGACUUGGACAUAUUCCUUAUGCGGCUGGGUUAUGUUGAUGGGGGAAGAAUCGGAUAGUCUCACACUGCUGCAGAGAACACUGUCCUGGAUGUCAGUGGGCCAGAUUCUCAGCCCUGACCUGCCCCCGAAUAACUUCUGAGACACAUUGUAUUCAGGGUGACAAAGUGCUCAGCUAAAAAGACCAUGCCUCCCAGCCUUUCCUGCACCAGGGCUGGUUCCAGGAUACAGUUCUGGCCAAUGAAAUGGAAACAGGAGUCACUGGACAGAGCUUGCAGAAAGCUCUGUAAAGGCUUUGAAGUGUGAUACUUUGUUAGAAAUGCAGAAUCCUACGGUAAAUGCCAGCUCUUCACUUGAAAACUAUGUACUUAUGUGGCAGAAAGAAAAACCCAUGUACUGGUCAAUAUAGGUGUGGAUAAGGAGACCCUGACAUGUAUGGUCUUUGAGGUAACUUGGAAGACUGCAAUGCAGACAUUCUUAUCCAAACAGGUUUUAACAGGCUACCACCUAGCUUGCAGACCCCACUUAUUAAGAUCAAAGCCCCUUUUUUGAAUUCUGUGAUAUAGUUUGAUUUUCCACAUACUUUCUUAGAGGGAAAAGAUGUGUGACCAACUUGCAGAAAUAGUCUUGUUGGCUUGCCAGAUAUAUUUCUUGUUGUAAAUCUGCAUGCUGGUUAACUAUAACAGCUUGGAAGUUACAUAAAUGUCCAACAAUAGGGAAUCAGUUAAGAACAAAAUUCAUUAUAGAACAUAUGUGGAAGACGAUGCAGGCAUUAAAAAACAUGACGUAAAAGAGCAGAUACUGCCAUGGGAAAAUGUUCACAAUUGAGGACAUUUUAAAAAUCAGGUUAUAAAACAGAUGUACUAAAUGAUUCCAGCUAUGUUUAAAAAUAUAUAUACUCAGGGGAAAAAAAAAACCUGGCAGAACCUUACUAAACAUGGGAUUAUGUCUCAGGGUGCAAUUGGAGAUGAUUUGUGUUAUUUUGUAAAUUUAUGUCUUUAUUUUUCUGUAUUUUCCACAUUUUCUGUCAUGAACAAUAAUUACUACUAUAACUGGAAAAUGAGAUGCAAUGAGUUUUUAAAUAAUUAUCACUCAGAUUACCUUAGGCAAGUUAAUCAACCUCUCUGUACCAGUUUCUUCACCUAUAAAAUAGGGAUAAAAGCACCUCCCCCUUAAGGUUACCAAGACAGGUAAACCCUCAAAACAGGCCCAGGCAGGUGGGAGUUGCUCAGUGAAGGUCAGCUAUUAGCAUGGAAAUGAAAAUAGCAUAGUUUUGCAAACACGGGGGUGUGAGCCUAAGGGGCCAGGUUUAUCUCACCUGUGGUGACCUCACUUGCCAAGCCAGCCUGAGAGGCCAGCACGCUUUUCCCUCCUGUUCCAACGUGAACAACAGGUAACAAAGACAGAAAAGGAAACUUAGAGCUGAGUUCACAAACUCACAAGUCUUGUGAGUUUUGAACUGGCAAAACUGGCACCAGGUAGGAAAGGUAAACAUGAGAAAAGCAGCUGGAAUCGGACAAAAGGGUGGGGGGCUAUGGCUCCCUGGAGAGGGGGGACUCCCCAGAAGUACUUCAAUUCAACUUAUUUUAUUUAUUUAAUUUUUAAAUUCAGAUAUAAUUGAUUUACAAUGUUGUGUUAUAAUUCAACUUAUUUUAAAACCCUGCACUGGCCUAACAGCCCACACCUACCCUGGAGCUGCCCUAAUUUUUGCAUUAUUCACAAAAAAGAACAAUUUAAAGUGGUCUGAACUUUACAGGUUUUUGCACAGGAUACGCCAGUCAAUGCUCCAGUUUCUUCAGGGUGUUUACAACUGGGCUUCAAAUAUUUUUCAGCCUUUGAGUGAGCUGUUGUUAAAGCAGACAGCAAAUGAACAGUUUUCGUCCUCACAUAACAUCAGUGGCCACAGCAACAACAGAAACCAGUUGCA